UUUAAUCUAUUGUUUCUAUUAUGUUCACCGGUGCAGCUCCAAAACCAUUUUUCAGAAUACGUAAAACUGAGGAUGGAGUGCUGCUGCAGUGUAAAGUUCAUGGCUCUCCAAAACCUAAAGUAGAGUGGCAGGACAGUGCUGGAAAGAUCCUUCCUGCUGAGGAGCCCCAGGUCUCAGAGAGAGGAGGCCGUUUCUACAUCACUCUCACCACUACUAUGACCAGGGCUGACUUCUAUCGCUGUGUAGCCACUCAGGAGACAAUCCGCCAUCAGAUUUCUACAAGGAUUUAUGUCAAUGACUGAACAUAAAGGAAAUGG